CCAAAAGUGGGACAUGCAGAUUUCUCAGGUUCUCCUUUUAGUUGCGGUAUUCAGUCUUAGGGAAGCUGAAUGUAACUGCGGGUCUUACGCCGAGUGUAGUUUACUGGAGUGGAUGGAAUGGGGGUCCUGUGAAGGUCCGUGUGGGGGGCUAACUAUACAGACACGGAAGCGGUCAGUAUGUGUUGACAUCGACAAAAUACAACCCUUUACUCCGGAGCAUGUCAUCAGCUACUGUAACUUUACGUCACCCAUUUCUGAAACAAGGCAAUGUCAACAGUGUAGAAAUGGAGUCUAUAACGUCACUGCUUCAACUUGUGAUCAAUGUGCAAAUACCCAUGGUGGAUUAAGCGUCUACGAAUUUCCGAAAUGGUUCCGAUACCUAGAAAUUUCUGUAUUGACUUUGACAUCGGUGACUGUCGUAUUAACUGCGGGAUGUGUUUGCCUAAAAUGCUGUAGGCUGUGUGGAUGUCCUACUUCUGAUGACGACAAUGAUGAUGACGAAAGAGAUAAGAUAGAAGCAAUGGAAAAUUACAGAGUCGGACAGUCCAGACUUUACUAGAUCCCAAAAUGGAUGAAUUCCUCUAUUGUUUAAUAAGUUUUAUUGACAUUAAAUGAGGAAUGAUA